AUGGAGCGUCCAGUCAAAGUGAAGACUUGGGUGGAAGAGAACCGGAGCUCCUUCCUGCCCCCAGUCUGCAACAAGCUCCUGCACCGGGAGCAGCUCAAGGUCAUGUUCGUUGGAGGCCCCAACACCAGGAAGGACUACCACAUCGAGGAGGGUGAGGAGGUGUUCUACCAGUUGGAAGGUGACAUGGUUCUCCAAAUCCUGGAAAAAGGGAAACACCGGGAUGUGGUCAUUCGACAGGGAGAGAUAUUCCUUCUGCCGGCUUGUGUCCCCCACUCACCGCAGAGGUUUGCCAACACCGUGGGGCUGGUGAUUGAACGGCGGCGGCUGCCCACCGAGCUGGAUGGGCUCAGGUACUAUGUGGGAGAUACCACGGACGUCUUGUUUGAGAAGUGGUUCUACUGCGAGGACCUUGGCACACAGCUGGCUCCCAUCAUCCAGGAGUUCUUCAACUCUGAGCAGCACAGAACAGGAAGGCCCAUCCUUGACCAGCUGCUCAAGGAGCCACCAUUUCCCCUGAGCACACGGACAGUCAUGGAGCCCAUGUCCCUGCAGGCAUGGCUGGACAGCCAUCAAAAACACCUACAGGCUGGCACACCUCUCAGCCUGUUCGGGGACACAUAUGAGACACAGGUUGUUGCCCAUGGACAAGGCAGCAGCAAAGGACAGAGAAAAGAUGUGGACAUAUGGCUAUGGCAGUUGGAGGGCUCCUCAGUGGUGACGAUGGGAGGACAACGCCUCAGCCUGGACCCCGACGACAGCCUCCUGGUGCCAGCUGGGACUUCGUAUUCAUGGGAGCGUGCAAAAGGUUCGGUGACCUUGUCUGUGACCCAGGAUCCCGCUUGCAAGAAGCCUUGCAGGGACCCCAAGUAG